AAAAUCAGCCCAAGCAAAGAAGUGGUAGGGUUUAGCCACACCAGCCCCUCGUCCUAUGCAGUCCCUGCAAGUGAUAGGAAAAUGUCAAUAAGAACAUCCAUGGAAUAUGUGCCGCGCCUAGGACAGCAACAUUGUGCUUACAUAUUCAAAACGCCAUGAUUUAAAGUGGUGUUUAUUUGAAGAGGUCCAUCUGCAUCUCCUUGACUCUGAUAUGGUAAAAAAAGGUGAUACUGACACUCUAAACGGAGUUUUGGUUGUGUUUGCUGCCGUUUUUGGAUGAAAUAAUAGUUGAUGUCUUGCUUAAAAUAGCUUGUAAUGACUUUUGAAUAGGCACCGCCUUGCAUGAAACAAGUAGAGCCUUCAAACAACUGACUUAUCAAACUGUCUUAAGAAUUAGUGCAUACUCCUUGAUACACCGUUGUCCUUUUAAUUCUAACUAUCUUAUAUUCUCUUAAAACCGCAGGUGGGAAUUGCAACACUGCUAUGAUUGCAGCUUUGUCUGCUGAGGAGAAGAAUGUGUCUGAAACCAUUUCGACCUGCAGAUUUGCUCAAAGAGUAGCGCGAAUCCUGAACAAACCCAUACGGAAUGAAGAGGUUGACAAGAACAUUGUUAUAAGACGUCUUCAGAGAAGGUUGGCAAAGCUCCACCUGGAGCUAGCCAAUUACAAGCACGAUUCAGUCACAUUGCGGUCGGAUGACGAGAGCAGUCUCGAGAACGAACAUGAAUGUGUCGAUGUGAUGCGUUCUUUUCUUGCUGGAAGAAUAAAUGAUCCAGUGGCACAUGGUGAGAUCUUCUGAUAACAAAUGUAACUUCUUUCGUUUGAAAACGCGUACUUUUUUAUGCGUUUUUGCCUGUCCUCCAGACUAAAAUGCCCGAAAACGCUGAUGAAAAUAGGGACUUUCCAAAACGGUUUAAAAGUGGAGUCUUGCAAAUGCAUCGUUUUGAAAACGCUCCGUUUCAAGUCUGGAUAGGUGAAAACGGAGGCAUUGGAAAACGGUGACGAAAAAAACGUCAUAUUCUGUCGCUUCAUCAGCGUUUUCGGCGGUUUUUUAGUGUGGACGAUAGGCGAAAGCGUAUCAAAAAGUAUGCGUUUUCGAUUGAA